AAAAAACAGCAAAAGAAACACCAGACCCCAAAAACCCUUUUAAAGAUCUUCUCACUGCCACACAGAAUUUUGUGGCUAUGAAUUCAUUGCUUUUUCUGACAUGGCACCACAGACUAAAAACCCCUUCUAGCUUCUCAUCAAAGUCCAACUAAAGUAGAGCAAAAAUCAAGAAAAAGAUUGUACCCCAACAACGACAAAACCUAAUUAUGUUUCAGUGAGUUGAUCAAGUUUCUUUUGUCCUGCAACUACAUAGAAAGAAAGUGAGUAAAUUUGGAAAAAAGAAGAGAGAAUGUCGCAAGUUAAACUAUUUGGAAAGACAAUUCGUUUGCCACUUGAUGAUCUUCUUGAUCAACGAAACUCUUCUGCUACCACUACUUCACAUGACGAUCUGAUCACAUCCGAAGCUGAGCUUACACAGAUUAAAAACAGAGAUGAUUUUACCAAUUCAACUGCAGACGAGGCGGUUGAACCAGCAACAUCAUCUGGUAUAAGUGAUGACCCCAAGACCGAGGAUGCCAAUAAAGAAACAUCGUCCCCAAAAGCUACCAAGAAAGAAGACCUGAGUGAGGCCAAUGUCACUCAGGAGAAGGCACUGAAAAAGCCAGACAAAAUACUUCCAUGUCCGCGAUGUAAUAGCAUGGAAACCAAGUUCUGCUACUAUAAUAAUUACAACGUCAACCAGCCCCGUCAUUUUUGCAAGAAGUGUCAGAGAUAUUGGACAGCUGGAGGAACGAUGAGAAAUGUGCCUGUAGGUUCUGGCCGCCGCAAGAACAAAAGUUCUCCCACCACAGGUUACCGUCAUAUAAUGGUGUCGGAUGCCCUUCAAGCAGCCCGGUUUGAAGCAGCACAUGGGAUGAACCUUCCUAUGCUCCGAGAAAAUGGAACUGUCCUUGCAUUUGGAUCGGAUAAACCCCUUUGUGAUUCCAUGGCUUCUAUAUUGAACCUUGCAGAAAAAUCACAGAACACUGUGCAGAACGGAUUUAAUGGAUCUGAACAAAGAAAACCUUCUGCUUGUGGAGGGAAAGAAAUCGGAAAUGAUAUAUCAAGCGGAGCUUGUAGCACAGCCUCAAAUUCAACACAUGAUUUAACGUGGAAGAAUUUUCAGGCCUUUCCUCCCCAAGUACAUCACUUUCCGGGGCAUCCUUGGCCUUAUUCCUAUAAUGCUGCUCCGUGGACGUCUGCAGUGCCACAACCUAACCUUGCUCCUCCGCGGUUUCCAGUACCAUUUACCCCUGCACCGCCCUACUGGGGUUGUACUGUAGCAAGUCCUUGGAAUGUCCCGUGGGUAUCUCCACUAUUCCCUUCUCCUGAUUGUUCAGUCCUUAGCGCCACUCCUACUUCUCCAACCUUAGGAAAACAUUCUCGGGACGAAUGCAUGCUUAAUCCAUCAAACUUGGAGAAAGAAGAUCCUUUGCACGACUUAGAUGGAGAGAGAUGUGUACUAGUUCCUAAGACGUUGAGAGUUGAUGAUCCAGAUGAAGCAGCUAAGAGUUCUAUAUGGUCUACGCUAGAUAUUAAGAACGAGAAGAAUGAUUCAACCAAUGGCGCAAGGCUCUUCAAGGCGUUUAAUUCAAAAGUUGACGAUCAGAGAAAACAUGAAUCUGACGCUUCUCUGGUCCUGCAAGCUAACCCUGCAGCCUUAUCUAGAUCGUUUACUUUCCACGAAAGCACGUAAGAAUACCGAGUUCUCAUGUCAAUCCUUUCCUUGGAAGUGGAGGUGAUAUCAGCUGUAAAUUACAUCUUCCAGAUCACAAUUGCUGAAAAUUGUAACUCUUGUCUUGGCUGCAACAUGUUGGUUCCCAAGAACUUAAGUCAAUGCAGGAACUAAUUUAUCUAAUCGUGCGUCGAUAGGAAGAAAAGCAGAUAACAGGGUCUUCCUGCUGAUAUCUCCCCUUCGGUUCGCAAGACUUCAUUUGUCCUUCUGGCAAGAGUAUAAGAUAGUUCGUUCAGGAUGAGCAUUUAUAGUAUGGCAGUUUGUUUUUGUUGUAUAUAAAACCUAUAGGGUGCUAAUGAUAUAUAUAGAAAAUAAGACUGACUUCUUGAAAGCAUGUAGGUAUGCUACAGAAGAAUCUGUUGAUGUAAAUCUGGAAUAUCAUCCUUUCUUUGAGAGUCUAUAUAUGAAUCUUUUACUGACUU